CCCUCACGCAAUCCGCAUCCCUGCCCUGUAACCCAACGGCAGACGCAAUCGUCCGGAGCCUCCUGCGCAGCGCGUACGACCGCCUGGCAGUCAGCCACCCAGCCGCAGCCGCAGAAAUGCGCAGCCUUGCAGACAACGCUGUACUGCGCAUUGCAUCGGGCACCUGGCAGCAGUACAACCGCCCGAUUCGCGAGUGGGUAGCCCACUGCACGCGCGUCGGCGCGACGCCCAUAGGCGCCCCGCCAGCCAUAGCCGCAGUCUUCCUCGACCAGCGGCGCCGUGCAGCCGCCCUCCGCGGCGUAGGGGCGCAAGCAGUCACCCGCGCCAGCGCAGCCAUCACAGCACUCCACGAGGCAGCAGGCCUCCCGUCCCCAUGCGCGCACCCGUUGUGCGCAGCAGUGCGCGCGGCAGCCCGGCGCACGCUCCUCGGCCAGCGGCGGACAAAAGUCGCCGCCACCGCCGAGGACAUACAGAAGCUCGUCGACACACACCUGCAGCCCAACGCGCCCCUGCUCACACGCAUGGUCGUGACGUGCGCACUGCUCAGCUUCUGCGCGUUCCUGCGCUACAGCGACCUGCGGCGCGUCAUGGUGCACCACCAGCUCAUGCAGUUCAGCGCCGCCUGCCUCACGCUGCGCCUGUUCUGCGGUAAGACCGACAAAGCCGCCCAGGGCGAGGAGGUCACCGUCGGGCGCAUUGGCGGCGCCUACUGCCCCGUCACGCGGGUGGAAGAGCUGCUGCGGGUCGGCCGCUAUAGCACCGUGCCUUCCAUCGCGCAGCGGCCCAUGCCGCAAGCAGCCCGCGGUCGCACCCGCUGGGAGGAGAUCGAGGACACCGGUCCCCUCCUCCGCGCAGUCAGCACCUCCGGCGCGCUCGAGCAGAUUACAGCGCCCCUAGACAACCCAGUCCCGUCCCUGUCGUGGCAGCAGUACUCCAGCCUCCUGAAGCAGCACUGCCUCGCAGCAGGCCUCCGCCACCUUCCCCCGCACGCGUUCCGGCGCGGCGGUGCCACAGCGGCUGUCGCGGGGGGCGCCUCCCGCGACGCCGUCAUGAAGGAGGGGCGCUGGCGCACAAGGCGCGUGUUCGAAUUCACGUACGUGCAAGUCAUUCAGGCGGCCGCGUGCAAAGUGACGGCGUGCCUGGGCCUGCGCGCCCCGCCGCCGCACGCGCCCAAUCAACAGUGAGUAUUCCUUUCAAGGUCCGGUAUGUUUGAGGAGUAUUGCCGGCCACUAAUGCAACAUAAACAUCGGGGUUUGGGGGGGGUAGUCGUCGGUCGUUUCGGUUGAGGUAGCGGGGAGUUGUGACGAGACGAUUGGGACAAGGAUGGUUACACUGGGCAGAAGCCGACCGGGAGCUGAGUGCCGGUCAGGGUCAGGACAGGGCUUAUGCGUGCCUCUCGUACUGUAAGUUCCGAGGAGGAGAAAUAGCGUUUCUCGCCUCGAGAAACAGAGUUCUCCGACGAUGGAACGAGAAGUACGGCAACUGUCAUUGCCGAAGUAUUGUAGGGCAGCGCUCUGCGCUGCACGGCUAUCCGCCGAUUAAUACUUCCUUAUCCU